AUGUCAACGUCUCAACAACAACAACAGUCAGCGAUUUCCGUUGAUAAUUCACGAAGAAACUUGGAUGAUACUAACGUAGAAACAGCAUUACAACAGGCCGUUAACGAAAGGAUUUUUCUAAGGACUCAAAACGACCAGUUAUGGAAAAUUAUUGAAAAGCAAAAGGCUGUUAUUCAUAACUUACAAAAAGAUAAUCAAAAGUUGGCUUACGAUAAAGAUCGUUUGUCUACAAGAAUAAGAGAACUUGAAACUCUAAAUCAAACGGAAAAUUCAACUAGCAAUAGAGUUACAAUUGAUACAAAUCAGACAGAUAACAGAGACGGUGGACCACGUUCUCAACAAAUAUCUCCCAUUAACACUCAUUCUCCAACCAGUACGCGCUCACCUCAAUCGUCAAACUUGUCUGCAACUGUCGACGACACCAUAAAAACUUCGUUAGAAGAAAUUGCAGCGGCCGAUCGUCAAGAUUCUACUUCUUCCUUUUCAUCACUAUACAUGUACGAUACUACCAACUCAGCCGACGAAACAUCGCAACCGCUUCCAAGAAGCGAAUCCCCUCAAUCCAACGAUCGGCAACUUGAGAGGACUCCCACUCUCCAGAUAACCGUCUCGGAACAAGACAACGAAAGCACAUCAGAGUCUCAUACUACUGUGUAUGAAUCACCUAUAUCUCUUGCCGUACAUCGUCAAGAGUCAGUGCCAUUAGACAAUGUCGAUUCAACAGAGUCUAAUUCAUCGUCAAAUCGUAAUAAAAAGAAACAUAGGUUGAGUGGUAUUCCACUGCGAAGGACGGGUGAAUCGGGCAACUUUGUAGGGCUGCCCAGUUCGCCUCGAAAUGGGCCUCCUCCUGGAAUGAAGUCUCCUGGAUUGCCUGGUUCGCCUCGAAAUAGUCCUCCUGCUAGUUCGAGAUCGUCCGGACGAUCUAUUUCACCUAUAAAUAGCCCUCCGGCCAUGAAAUCGCCUGUAUUACCUUCUUCACCCAGGUCUCCUCGUAGCUACGGCAAUGGCGACGGAAAUGUGCGUCUGCUGGAAAGAUGGGAUAGUGAUGAUCAGAGAAUUCUUAGUGGUGACGAGAUAAGGAGGAAUGAAUCUUUAUCUCCGACAAGAGCGACUACUUUUCCUAUUAGUGAGCCUACAUCUGUGACUUUGAUUGGUAUGACUGAACCAGUUUCUUUGUCGAGUUUUAUAUCUGAAUCAACGUCCGCGACAAGUGCAAAUGGCGAGUCUGCAUCAUUAAGGAGCGUUGAGUCUAUGCCGGUAGAAAACGUAGUUUUGUCGUCAGAGUCUGUUAUAUCCGAGUCUACAUCUGUAACAAGUAUGGCUACGUCUGAACUUACGUCUGGAGCAAAUGUGUUUGUCGCUGAGCCUACUGUAAUUAAUACCACUCCUACUACCGGACAAGGCAAGCAUGGCAAUCCAGGGCAAGCAGAGAUAUCUCAGUCUUUGUCAUUGCCAGCAAAACCCGAUUCGUUGUCGAUUUCAACUGAGAAUUCUCAGCAACGCGCUAGUACCCAGUCACGAAUGAACACUUUUCCUCGUAUGGACUCUUUACCUCGUAUUAAUAGCCAUGCAGAGGCGAACCAGUAUACUGGGACUAAAACCGUUAGAUUAAAAGAAAGUUCUGAAUCACUGACAUCACCGCGCUCAGCAAAAGCUAAUGAUACCAUAAUCAACUUUUCGGCUGGAUCAGAUGAGCCUGUAAUUAACUUUGCAGCAAUUUUAUCUCCACCCAAAGACUCUAGUACGUUUGCAGAUUCGCAUAGAAACGUGCCCUCUCAACAUAAAAAUCAACCAUCACAACCUAUUCCAAACGAUACUAUAUCCAGUAUUACGGUUAAAGUGGUAGGGAGUACAAUAGAAAUUAAUGAUAGAGCAAGGGAAGUUCUUGUUUUUAUUAUUGCUGUGUACUCGGCAAAAACAAGUGAGGAUGGAGUCGCUAUUGGAGCCGGUAAAGAACUUUGGCGUGUUAGCAAGAAAUACUCGGAUUUUUUGACACUGGAUGCAAAGCUCAAGUUACAUCAGACAACUAGUUUUAUAAAAAAAAUUGGAAAGCUGCCUGACAAGAAUUUGUUCACGACUAAUGCUCCAAGUAAAUCAGAUCAGCGCAAGCUGGCUCUUGAGCGGUAUCUUCAGCACGUGGUUAACUUGCCUUGGAACGACAACAGAGAUUUGUGUGAAUUCCUCAGUUCAAACGUUAUCGAAACCGAGAAAUUGGAUUAUCAGCGUACUGGACACAAAGAAGGAUACUUGACCAAAAGAGGCAAGAGCUUUCGUGUAUGGAAGACUCGUUACUUUGUUCUCACAAAAUCAGUAUUGGAUUAUUACGAAACAAAAGGUGGUCCUCAUCUUGGUUCGAUUCGUUUGACGCAUGCACAAAUAGGCAGACAACAAAGCACAGUUCCAAUAGAGACAGAUUCAAUGGGAGGUGAUGACGAAUAUCGACAUGCUUUUCUUAUUCUGGAACCGAAACCGGGGUCCAAGGCCCAAACAAAACAUGUUUUGUGUGCAGAGAGUGAUGCUGAUCGUGAUGAAUGGGUAGAAGCAUUGCUAGAUCUGCGUGAAACAUCCAAUGGACAAUUACGACGACAAGACGAUAAGGAUAGGAAAGGUGCUAGAAUGACUCUAUUUGGAAAGAAUAUUCUUGGUUAUGGUAUCGGCGAAAAGAGAAAGCAUCCAACACAAUCUAAUUUCGAUCACAAGAUUGUGUUCGGAGUGCCAUUAGAUCAAGCUAUAGCAUCGUCAAGAAUCAAGGAAGGCUAUGAAUUACCUGCUAUAGUGCAUAGAUGCGUCGAAUAUCUGGACGCAAAAGGUGCUGCUUUCGAAGAGGGAAUAUACAGAUUAAACGGUUCGGCCAGUGUGAUAAAAAUGCUAAAGGAUAGGUUUAAUUCCGAGGGAGAUGUGAAUUUGUUGGCUGAAGCUCAACCAUAUGAUGUGCAUGCUGUUAGCGGACUGUUAAAAUUGUAUUUGAGAGAACUACCAACUAGCGUUCUUACGCGUGAUUUGCAUCCUGAAUUUGUAAAAGUUGUUGAUCUACUGGACAGACGUGAACGUGUUAAUGAACUGGGACGUCUAGUAUCAGCGAUACCUCUAGCUAAUUAUACUCUGCUGCGUACGCUUACAGGACACUUGAUACGCAUAGUUCAGAAUGCAGACAUCAACAAGAUGACAAUGCGCAACGUCGGAAUAGUAUUCUCCCCUACGCUUGGUAUUCCAACUGGGGUAUUCAAUCUGCUUCUUUCCGAAUUUGACUAUAUCUUUUACACUGAUGCAAAUGGAGCCGCGGCACCGAGAAGUCUCGAGACAGAUUCCAAGACAAGUUCCAGCUCGACUCACAAUUCCAGCUCACAAGGCUCUCAUCUCCGCUCUCAAUCUCAGACACGUUUUGCACCAUCAUCGGUAUCGCCCCACACUCUUGGACGCAUCCGUGAAGAAUCGAAUGGGAGAAGUAAUCGAAAUAGCAUGCAGUUCAUGCACAGUGUACCCGAGGUUUUAGUAGGGUUAGAAAAGAACAUUGCCCGAAAAGUAAUUACUGAUAAUGAAUCAGAUGAGGAAAUGAACGAUCUUUCCGUGUUGUCGGAGGACGAUCAAUCGUCAGAUGAACAUUCCCAGCUAUCAUCAGUGUCAUCUUCAAUCGUUCAUGGACAGCAAGGACAUUUCGGGCAAGAGGAAACAACAGAUGAACUAGAAUCUCGUAAUGGUCAACAACGAUUGACAGUCAGAAAUUAUACGCCUCGAGAUUCGAUGUAUGAGGUUUAUACUGAACAACAGAAGGAAAAUCAGAAUCUUUGA